AUGCACACCAAUCAGCUCUCUGGUCCCAUUCCUGUUGAACUUGGGAAUUUGAAGUCUCUCACUGAUCUUGAUGUGUUUGAGAAUCAACUUAAUGGCUCUAUUCCUUCAUCAUUGGGUAAUUUGACAUCUUUGAAUGCCCUUUAUAUGCACACCAAUCAGCUCUCUGGUCCCAUUCCUGUUGAACUUGGGAAUUUGAAGUCUCUCACUGAUCUUGAUGUGUUUGAGAAUCAACUUAAUGGCUCUAUUCCUUCAUCAUUGGGUAAUUUGACAUCUUUGAAUGCCCUUUAUAUGCACACCAAUCAGCUCUCUGGUCCCAUUCCUGUUGAACUUGGGAAUUUGAAGUCUCUCACUAAUCUUGCUGUGUUUGAAAAUCAACUUAAUGGCUCUAUUCCUUCAUCAUUGCGUAAUUUGGCAUCUUUGAAUGCCCUUUAUAUGCACACCAAUCAGCUCUCUGGUCCCAUUCCUGUUGAACUUGGGAAUUUGAAGUCUCUCACUGAUCUUGCUGUGUUUAAGAAUCAACUUAAUGGCUCUAUUCCUUCAUCAUUGGGUAAUUUGACAUCUUUGAAUGCCCUUUAUAUGCACACCAAUCAGCUCUCUGGUCCCAUUCCUGUUGAACUUGGGAAUUUGAAGUCUCUCACUGAUCUUGCUGUGUUUAAGAAUCAACUUAAUGGCUCUAUUCCUUCAUCAUUGGGUAAUUUGCAUCUUUGA